AUUAAGCGAAGGGAGGAAGCGGAGGAGGUCCGUGCGAGUUCCUCUUCUUUUGUUUUUUUCUUUACUUUUUUUCUUCUUUUUUGUCCUUAGUCAGCCAAAAAUAUAACAACAGUAUUUGGCCGCGUUGAAAGUUGAAAAAGCUGAAAGCCUGAAAGUAUGUACCAUCCAACGAGAGGUGGUGUUCGAGGCGGGCGAGAUCAAUUUUCUUGGGAGGAUGUAAAGGCUGAUAAACAUCGUGAGAACUAUCUUGGUCACAGUAUCAAGGCCCCUGUAGGAAGAUGGCAGAAAGGGAAAGAUCUUUAUUGGUAUACCAGGGAUAAAAAGUCCCAGGAAGCAGAAAUGGAGGCUGCGAAAGAAGAGAUAAAAAGGAUUAAAGAAGAGGAAGAGCAGGCAAUGAGGGAAGCUCUUGGCUUAGCUCCUAAGCAUGCUAACCGUUCUCAAGGUAUCCGUCUUGAUAAACAUGAGUUUUCAGAACUGGUAAAGAGAGGGUCCACAGCAGAAGAUCUUGGUGAAGGUCAUGCUGAAGCAGCUAGGGUUCAAGGUCUUGGAUUUGCAAGAGCACCCUGCCCUUGGGAAGAGCUGGGUUCUUCAAAGCUUGGUAUGAGUGACAGUACACCAGCCAAGGUGGAAAAUAUACCUUUGCCAAAUCAAUCAGCAACUAAGAAUGAAGAGGAUUCAGAUGAGAGUAGAAAAAAGAGAAGACGUGAGGAAAGGAAGGAAGAAAAGUAUGAAAAACUUGAGAAGCAUCAUUCUCGUGGGGAUAGGAAGCACGAGAAACACAAAAAGCGCGAGAAGCAUCGUGAAUCAGAUGACAGGAAGAGACACAAGAAAGACAAGGAGAGGAGAAGAUAUGAUUCUGAUUCUGAUUCAGAUUGAACAAGUUCUGUUGGUUUUCCGCAUCAUACAAUUUGGAACGACUUGUUUGUUUUAGCUUUGUAACUGAAAUAUUGAUGGUGGUGAAUCUUACUAACACUUUGAAGGGGAAUGAAGCCAGUUGCAUGGUUUUACAGUA